UGACUUCCAGGCUGGUUCCUUCGGUCGGAGACCCGGAUGUGGGCCCGUGUCUAUUGGAGCCUGAGGCGGGUGGUUCCCUGGUCCCCUAGAAGGAGCGAGAGUCUCCAUGUGACCGCCCUUGUUCCCUCAGUCGGGGUUCUUGGGCGAGCGGUCAUGUAGGCAACCUUGACAGUGGGAGCCACUGUGCACUUAUUUCUCCAGGACACUGGAAACACCCCUCACACCUCAGGUUGGCAGCGAAUGAUGGCUAGGGAACCGAGUGAAUGCACGGCCUUGGAUGCCCGCUCUGCAGAGGACCAAAUGGGACUUCUGGUUGUGAAGGUGGAGGAGGAAGAGGCCUCUGCCUGGGUGGAGGAGAACAAUGUGCUAGGCCCAGAGCAUGCCCGCCUGUGUUUCCGUGCCUUUCGCUACCCUGAGGCUGCUGGCCCCCAAGAGGUCUUAAAUCAGCUCCGUGACCUCUGCCAUCAGUGGCUGCAGCCCAAGACCCACAGCAAGGAGCAGAUCCUGGAGCUGCUGGUGCUGGAGCAGUUCCUGGCCAUCCUGCCGGAGGAGCUACAGGCCUGGGUGUGCGCGCAGCACCCAGGGAGUGGAGAAGAAGCUGCAGUGCUACUGCAGUUUUUGGAGGAGCAGCUGGAGGAGUCACCGCUGCAGGUCCCAGGUGAUAAGGGACAAGGACUUCUGUGUUGCAAGGUGGAACUGGUGACAACGGCCCAGUGGUCACACAGCAGCCAAAUCCAGGCAGAGAAGCCUCUGCUCAAGCAUGAAUCUCUACACUCAUGGCCCUCACAAGACACAGUUGCCCGGGGAGGCAGCUUCACGGAAGAUGCAGUGGCAGCUAACAGGCUCCCUCCAGAGUCUCAGAGGUUGCUGAAAAUGGAAGACAUGGCCCUGACUCUUUCCCCUGGGAGGACACAGCUAGGUCCUUUGCAGGUGAACCUGUGCAGAGAUGAAAGGCAGCAGAGCUGUGGCCACCCUGGCUCCCUAGGUGGUGAAAUACAGGCUAAGAUCAGGGGCUUGUCUCCAGCUGAGGAGCAUCCAGGACAAGAUCCUGGGCAGACUCCCUGCCACCUGGGUGAGGACACUGCCCAAGUUCCUGCUAGUGCUGAAGCUGGUGAAUGGGAAGACAGGUUACAAAGAAAGCAGAAAAAUGCCACUCAAACACACAGGAGGAUCCAUACUGGAGAGAAACCCUAUGAGUGUGAGGAAUGUGGGAAGACCUUCAUCAGGAGCUCUGCCCUGGUCAUUCACCAGAGAAUCCACACAGGAGAGAAGCCAUAUGAAUGUGAAGAGUGUGGCAAGGCCUUUAGUCAUAGCUCAGACCUUAUCAAACACCAGAGAACACACACAGGAGAGAAGCCUUACAAGUGUGAGGUUACUGGAGAGAAACCCUAUGAGUGUGAGGAAUGUGGGAAGACCUUCAUCAGGAGCUCUGCCCUGGUCAUUCACCAGAGAAUCCACACAGGAGAGAAGCCAUAUGAAUGUGAAGAGUGUGGCAAGGCCUUUAGUCAUAGCUCAGACCUUAUCAAACACCAGAGAACACACACAGGAGAGAAGCCUUACAAGUGUGAGGACUGUGGGAAAACCUUCAGCCAGAGUUGUAGCCUCCUUAAACAUCACAGAAUUCACACUGGGGAGAAGCCAUACCAGUGCACCAUGUGUGGCAAAGCCUUUAGGCGGAGUUCCCAUCUCCAGAGACACCAGAGGAUCCAUGGUGAUAGAAAUGAACAGGAACUUCGGCUUGGAGAGGCCUGUGAAGGUCAGGCUAAAAUGGAAAGCCACUGGGAAAAUGUUGAAAUUCCCAUGUCUUAUAAAUGUAAUGAGUGCGAGAAAAGUUUUACUCAGAAAAUGGGACUUAUUGAACAUCAAAAAAUCCACACCGGUGAGAAGCCCCAUCAGUGUGGUGCAUGUGGAAAAGGCUUCACCCGAAGUUCAUACCUCAUUCAACAUCAGAGGAGCCACGUUGGCAAAAAAAAAAUUCUAUCACAGUGACCCACUGUAUGCAUAGUAAAGUUGGUACUUAUGUCACUGAACUGAAGCUACCUGGAGUCUUGCUACAGAAUUUGUGAGUUGGGGUUUUAUUUACUAAUAUACAUCAUGUAUUAGAAAAUACAUUCUGGCCUGGCGUGGUGGCGCAUGCCUGUAAUCCCAGCACUCAGGAGGCUGAGGCA